AUAUCUUGUAAUCUAUUCUUCUGAGUUCCACUCUCUCACUUCACAGAUAUAUAGGAGAGAUUGAAAAGAAACCCCCCAAGCUCUCUCAGCCACCUCCAAUGGCCACAACCUGCAAAUACCCGUUUCUUCUCUCUCUAAUGUGCACAUUCUUCGUUCUUAACUCAGCUUCAUCUGAGGCAGAUAUCCUUUUAACCUUCAAGGCCUCCAUGGUAGACUCAAAGAAUUAUCUCUCUUCCUGGUCUAAUGCCUCAGCCACCCAUUAUUGUAACUGGACUGGAAUCACCUGCAAUCCCAGACCGUCGCUCUCCGUUACUUCUCUCAACCUUCAAAACCUAAACCUUUCCGGUGAAAUCUCAUCUUCAAUCUGUGAGCUUCCCCAUCUUUCUCACCUCAAUCUUGCUGAAAAUCUUUUUCAUAAGCCCAUUCCUCUUCAUCUCUCUCAGUGCAGUACUUUGGAAACUCUGAAUCUCAGUAAUAAUCUCAUUUCGGGUCCAAUCCCAGUUCAGAUUUCUCAGUUUGGUUCUUUGAAAGUGCUUGAUUUCAGCAGAAACCAUGUUGAGGGAAAGAUCCCAGAAACCAUAGGCUUACUGCAGAAUCUUGAAGCUCUCAACUUGGGAAACAACUUACUUUCAGGUAGUGUACCUGCUGUAUUUGGGAACUUAUCUGAGCUUCUUGUUCUUGAUUUGUCUCACAAUGCAUACUUGAUGAGUGAGCUUCCCAGUGACAUUGGGAAGCUUGAGAAGCUGGAGCAGCUUCUUUUGCAAAGCUCUGGUUUUUAUGGUGAAAUCCCCGACUCUUUUGUGGGUUUGCGAAGUUUGACCAUUUUGGACCUUUCCCAAAACAAUCUGAGUGGUGAGGUUCCUCAGACACUAGGAUCUUCUCUCAAGAACCUGGUGUCUCUUGAUGUUUCCCAGAAUAUGCUUUUGGGGCCAUUUCCCAAUGGCGUUUGCAAUGGAAAAGGCCUUAUAAACCUGAGUCUCCAUACAAAUUUCUUCAGCGGUUCAAUAGGCAACUCCAUUAGUGAAUGUAUAAAUCUUGAGAGGUUUCAGGUUCAGAACAAUGUGUUAUCUGGUGAUUUCCCUAAUGGUUUAUGGUCAUUGACCAAAAUUAAGCUUAUCAGAGCUGAAAAUAAUAGAUUUUCUGGAGAAAUACCCGAUUCAAUAUCAAUGGCUGCUCAAUUGGAGCAAGUUCAGCUGGAUAGCAACAAUUUCACUGGUAGAAUUCCUCAGGGUCUUGGGUUGGUUAAGAGCUUAUACAGGUUUUCUGCAUCUCUUAAUGGUUUAUAUGGUGAACUUCCUCCAAACUUUUGUGAUUCACCUGUUAUGAGUAUAAUAAAUCUCUCUCACAAUUAUCUUUCGGGCCAAAUUCCAGAGUUGAAGAAGUGUAGGAAGCUAGUCUCGUUGUCCUUAUCAGACAACAGUCUUACCGGAGUAAUUCUACCAUCCCUUGCUGAUUUACCGGUGCUAACUUACCUUGAUCUUUCUGAUAACAAUCUCACCGGUCCCAUCCCCCAAGAGCUUCAGAACUUGAAGCUUGCACUGUUCAAUGUAUCCUUCAAUCAACUAUCCGGUAGAGUUCCAUACUCUUUGAUUUCAGGUCUCCCUGCUUCAUUUCUGGAAGGAAAUCCUGGACUUUGUGGCCCAGGAUUGCCCAAUGCUUGUUCUGAUGACCAGCCAAGACAUGAAACUGUUGGUUUUACAACAUUAACAUGUGCUCUGAUAUCUGUAGCUUUUGGUCUUGGGACUUUGAUUAUAGCUGCUGGGUUCUUCGUCUAUCAUAGAUAUUCCAAGCAAAAAUCUCAAAUGGGAAGUCGGCGCUUGGUAGUCUUCUAUCCUCUUAGAGUCACUGAGCAUGAAUUGGUCGUGGGAAUGAAUGAAAAAACUGUGGUGGGAAGUGGUGGAGCUUCUGGUAGAGUUUACAUUUUAGGUUUACCGAGUGGUGAACUUGUUGCCAUAAAGAAACUUGCUAAUUAUGGGAGCCAGUCAUUUAAAAGUUUGAAGGCUGAGAUUAAGACAUUAGCCAAGAUCAGGCAUAAGAACAUCGUUAAGAUUCUUGGGUUUUGCCAUUCUGAUGAUUCAAUCUUUCUAAUUUAUGAAUUCUUACAGAAGGGGAGUUUAGGGGAUUUGAUUCACAGACCAGGUUUUCAGCUGCAGUGGCACGUGAGAUUGAGAAUUGCCAUCGGGGUUGCUCAGGGAUUAGCAUACCUUCAGAAGGAUUAUGUCCCACGCUUACUUCACAGAAGUGUCAAAUCAAAUAACAUUCUGUUGGAUGCAGAUUUUGAACCAAAACUCACAGAUUUCGCACUCAACAGAGUUGUGGGAGAAGCUGCAUUUCAGUCAACCAGGGCCUCGGAGUCUGCAUUAUCCUGUUACAAUGCUCCAGAAUAUGGGUACAGUAAGAAGGCAACGGAGCAGAUGGAUGUUUACAGCUUUGGUGUCGUACUGUUAGAGCUAGUGAGCGGCCGACAGGCCGAGCAAGCAGAACCAGCAGAGCCUCUUGAUAUUGUCAAAUGGGUGCGAAGGAAAGUUAACAUUACCAAUGGAGCAUACCAAGUGCUUGACCCCAAAAUAUCAGAUUCUGCACAACAAGAGAUGCUUGGGGCUCUAGAUAUAGCUCUCCGUUGCACAUCUAUGAUGCCAGAGAAACGGCCAUCGAUGUUUGAAGUUGUGAGAGCACUCCAGUCCCUAGACUCAAGGACCCCCCUUCCAAGUAGAGAGUUUUCUACUUCUGGAGAGGAUUUAUCCAGUCUGAACAUUGAACCAAGGAAUUAACACCCCCCACCCCCCUUUUUCCUUAUUUUUUCAAGUCUUAAUGUAAAGCCAACUUGUUUUUCCUUCUUUUGACUUCUGAUUGAGAAAAGCAUGUACUUGGGCAUGGUAGUUUCUGGUCUGCACCAGGAUUUGUUUUGGGAUUCUGUUUGAUAGAAAUACAAGAUUUUUACAAUGUGCUAAUAAUAAAUGGUCAUGAGUGCCAGUUUUAAGGAA